AUGGCGCUGCUCGAGCAGGCUCGGCCGCGCUACAGCGACCGGGCCCUGCGUGCGUCGGCGGGGCUGGCGCCGCGCAGCCCGCUCCUGGCCGGCGCGCCCUCGUCGCCCACCAUCUUCCGUCCCGAGCACGGCGACGCCUACAUCCUGCCUGCCGCGCCGACGCACGAGCCCGAGGACGAGCCGCUGCCGGGCCAGCUGCUCAGCGCGGCGCCGGGCCUCGGCUCCCUCUUCGGCGCAGAGACGGACCAGGCGCUCGCUGAGCCCAGCGCCGCAGAUGAGGGCGACGAGGAGGUGCUGGAAGAGUUGCGCGACGAGACUGAAGAGCUCGUCUCGCCAGAUGUGCUGCUCUCCGACCUUGGCGGCACGCUCUUUGCAGUGCACAACGCGACUGUGCUUGCUCUGCAGUCUCUUCUGGAGAGCAUGGCAUCGGGUGCUUCGGCCGAGGCGCCAGAAGAGAGCACAUCUCUCUCGCGCAUCGCAUCGCUCGCCAAGAGCAUUGAGAUCAUGUCUGCCGGUCGCGGCGCGCCGGGCGCUUUGAAGAGCAGUCCGGAGCUCAGCGCGCUCAUCGAGCAGCUCAACAUGGAGCUCGACCGCUUCUCCUUUGCGCCCGGGCCCUCGACUGGCUCGCCGGCACUCGACAACCUGAAUUUGGCCACUGCGCUCGCUGCGCUGCUUUCCGGCCUGGAUCGCGUGCGAGAGCCUGCUGCCUCGGGCGGCAACAGCGGCUCAGCGGACGGCGACACUAGUCUGACUCGCUCUGAGACGGCCCGAGCCUCGCAGAUCAGUGGGCCGGGCAUGACUCGGCGGAACAGGCAAGGCAGCGCCGGCAACAUCAGCGCGAUGUACUCAAGCCCAAGCGCCAGUCGCGAAGAGCUGCGCGAUCCAUUCGCAGAGUCCGCGCAGAGCGAGCAGGACGUCUUCACGCAUCUGCACUCGCUCAUGGGUCACCUCGUGCUGCGCUGCAGCCCUCGCGCACCCGCAGGCUCGCCGUUGAUGGCAAACGGCCGCGGCAGCCCGCUGCUGCACUCCCCAAGUCCGCCAACCAGCGCUCCGUUCUAUCCGGCGCAGAGCACGCUCAGCUCGGCACGGAACACGCCUGCCGAUGUUGCGUCCGGGACGCUCGAUGACUCGGCCAACUGGAAGCAGCUCUCGCAGCUUCUCGGCAUCACACGCGAGCUCGUGGCAGCACAGCGUCUCGUCCAGCCUCACCCUCGCUCGAUCCUCGACUCGCCGUCAUUGUCGUUCCGCAGCCGCAGUCGGCAUGGCAGCACCACCUCGUCCCUCAAUGGCGACAUGAUGCUAGAGGAGCCCGUCCGUGCACGCUCCCGUUUGAGCAUGCACAGCACCGGCAGUCAGGCACACGCUGCGCUGGCGCAGAGUCCCAGACUGGCCUCGGCCAACUCUCCGCUGGCUCAAGAGCGCAUCCAGCAUCGCUCGCCCAGUCUCAAGCGCGAGUCGGGAUCUGUGACGACGCACGGGCAUCUUCCGCCGCGCUACAGCGAGGAGAGCCUGCGUGCAUGGACCACACCCGCUGUUGCCGGCGCUAGCUCGCCGACGGCUAAGCUCAACGACGCCGCCAGACGCGACAGCGUUCUGAGUGCAUCCUCGACCAACGCCAGCCUGCCGGCCUACGCAAGCCACUUGCCUUCGGGCUCGCGCGAGGAGAAGAAGCUGCUCCUGGACGAGAAGAGCCGGCCUGAGGCGAUCCCGGAGAUGCAGCGCCCAGAGGUGUCGUCGGCAACUUCUGCGUACGCUGCGCGGACCAGCCAGGAUCUGCGCGUUGUGGAGAGCAGCAUCGACAGGCUGUACUCGGCCGUGCCGCAGCUGGACGACCAGCGCGUCGCGCUGAGCCCGCGACUGCAGCGCGAUGCAAAGCUCGAAGACGUCGUCGAGCGCCUGGCCCGUGGCGGGCGCAUGGAGGAGCAGCGUGCUGCGCCUGUGACGAGCAGCCAGGCCUCCUCAUCCACUCAGGCGCCAGCUCCCGCGCCUCGGUCGCCAGUGGGCUCCUUUGCCGUGCGCAACUCCCUCGCACGUCGCUUCAGCGUUGGCGGCUCGCUCCAGUCUCUGCGGCGUGCGGCGAACCACACGUUCGACAUCAAGGGGAAGGGGCGGGAGAGUGGGCCGCGCUCAUCGAUGUCCGAAUACACCUUCGAGAAGAGCGAGGAGAAGACGAGGCCGACUGCAGCAGACCUCGACCCACUCUUCGACGGCAUCCGCGCCGCCAACGAGAUGCGCUUCUCUGACCAGCAGGCCCAGAUGAGGCCGCGCACCGCUCAGCGGCCGCACACCUCUCAGGGCCGCCAGAGCAAGCUGGCGCAGAUGGGUCUGGGCAUUGGUGACGCUCCUGACGCGGCGUCGCACGCCGACGAAGACGACGAGCUCUUCAAUAUGCUGGCCAGCACGCGUCGCAUGGACGGGCAAGAUGCCGCUCCGCCGUCUCACCGCGGCACGGCUCGUCUCUCCUCUGUCAGCGCUGCACGCACAAGACUCGACGCCGCCGGUCGCUCUCCUCUUGGUUCGCCGAGCCUGCCGCUGCGGUCGCCGAGCUACCGCAAGAAGGUGCCCGAGGCUCUGGACCUAGAGCAAUCAAGCUCCGUCCUCGACACUCCCGACUCUGCCACACCGCUCCAGACGCCACGGGUGCUUCCGGCGGAGAGUGCCACUGCGCACACAGCGCCAGGUGAGGCUUCCACUGGCGAGACUGCGGCUGCUGCGUCGAGCAGUCGCGCCGCACCUGAGCUGCGUACAUCGCCGAGUGCCAUGGACAGCUAG